GUGAUGGGAAGUGGGGGUAUCAUAUUACAGCACCACUCAAUAUCCCUAAGAUAUCCGAUGCGGUUGGCCUAAAAUGAAAUUAUUUGAUCUUUUGUAUUCUUUUUCAUACUGACUGACAGUUGAAUAUGGAAGAACCAUAAUUUCAAUGUGAAUAAAAGUCUUGAAAUGCUCAUGAGCGUUUGUAAACAGUUUUGAAUUUGAAGUUGAAAUGUUCGUUUUGGAUGUUAGGUUAUAUUUAAUGUGUUUAUCUUUGAUUGUUGGUAAAUAGCAAGAUUGUUCGCUUGAAUAUGGAUUCUAAAUCGGGAAAGUCGCAGGCUAGGCGACAGCAUCAAGAUCCAGAUCAGGUGUCAUCACGACGCCCGAAUCGUCUCUUCCUCAGUGAGACAAUACCUCCACCAACCCAUCAUCAGCCACAAUCAAACCAAAAUCGAAGUCACAAUCUCUCGGAUCGAAUUCACGAAUACUAUGAAAAGCUUGUCAAGACCUCACAUUUAAAGAAAGCAGACAACACUGCUGCCAGUCAUCAGUUUCCUCCAAGUAACUUUCAGAACAGAUUUGACGCUGCUCCUAAAUUUGGAGAGUCACUUCACCCUCCUGUCCCAGUUCGCUCAGCACUGCAACCAGCCAACAGCAAUACAAGACAGUCAUAUACAGUCUUUGUCGAAGAUCCAACAGGUGCUUUUCAACAGUAUGUUAAAAAGAAGCCUUCAAGUGACGUAAAUGAGCCAUCCUACAUUGACAGUAGCCUUCAUAAGGCUGAUGUAUCUUCUGUAACAUCAAAUUUGAGAGGUCUGAUGGAUAGGAAAAAGUCUCCGUCUACCAGCAGCAGAGGACAAUGCAGCUUAUGCCACAGCUCUAACCACUCCACUCAAAAUUGUACGCUCCAAAGCAGAGUGCCUGCUGAGCAUGAUGGUUACCCUACAGACCCUGUUCAUAUUGCCAACUCACCUCCUACUCGCCACUCCAAUCUGGGAAAUGAAAAUCAGGGUGAUGGGUCAGAAGAGAGAAACACAUCUGCUGUUUCGUUUCCCAAAAAACGCAAUAUUCCUGCCAAUAUUAAUAUCAGCUGUGAGAGGGAUGUUAUUGGACAAGAAAAGUCACCUGUAUCGAAGUCUCAUCCUACAAGCUCAACAGCUUUGAGCACUUCCAGCAGUAAUGGUGACACUGUGCCAAGAGAGAGAAAGAAAUGGGUGCGUCCUCCACUUGUAGGGCAAGCUGCAUCAUCCUCAGAGAAGUCUCCUUUUAUGAGCCCUGCUGUCUUUGAUUGCCUCGAUGAUCACAAUCCUUCUUUGGAUCGAAGGAAGCAGACUUCAAACGAGUUACAGCUAUCUAGCAGCACUGGUUCAGAUCAACCUGAUUCUAGAGAUCCUACGAAAGGUUUCUCUCAUCAGAAAAGCUCAUAUUUUGAUUCAAGUAACAAAUCAACCAGUGGCCUUUUGCAAGGGGACGACUUUUACAGUUGCGUUGACCGAGAUACAUCAUCAGCUGCAGUUGCUCAACAGCUUACAUCAGAAGGAGAGCAAGGUCUAUCAGAUAGCUAUGCUGGCGGAAGAGUUUCUCCAUCUUCAAGUGUCACCUCUAAUCGUCGAUUAGAAUGGGAUAGUGGAGCUGAUGUUGGUUACAACCAGAUGUAUGGAUCUGCCACUCCUGAUGCAUCUUCUUCUGGUCUGUGCACAAUUGAAAGAAUGGCCCUCGCACAAGGUUGUUCUGUUGCUUUGCAUUUAAGACUUGAUCCUGAAGGUACCACUGUCCCUGCUUCAUCAUCUGGUCUUCCAGCGCCUGUCCUCCCAUCUCCAGCACAAGACAAACAAUUACGAAACCUUUUAGGAAAACCUACUGCAGAAUCAACACCAGUAGAUCAAUUACCACACGUAGUGAAGGCACUUCGCAAAUACCGUCAUGAUGUUAAAACUAUGGUCUCUCCAAUUUUUCAAGACAGCAAGAAAGAUGAUGCAGAACAGCAAAACCUAAGCAAUCCGUAUGCGCAAGAUUGCGAAGAUAAAAUAGAUCAGCCAAAGUCAGAUGAACAGAAGUCUAAAGAUUCAGAUACUGCUGGAUCUUCGCCCACUCCCUUUCAUAGGCAGUUAAGUAAUUCAAUGCAAGACCUUAGAGAGUGUGUUAUCAUAGAAUCAGAGAUGCAAAAAAGUCAAAGUGACCCAGAUGUUUCUGGAGAGGCACCCAUUUCUGCAUCAAGGCCUGAUCAUUCUAAAUUAUUGAAAGAAAUCUCUAGAGGUCGCAAUAUAGCUGAUACCUUAGUGGCUACUCACUCUAUUUCUUCAGGAUCUGAUGCCACUUUAGUUCGAGUGGGAACAGAAGAGGAUCUUGCUAUUGAUGUUAGGGAAAAUGAGGCUGAGUCAAACCCUCAGCAAAUUAGUAAGAUUGCCACGGAGAUUUUGGUUGGAUCUGUUAGACCUGACACACCCACCAGUUUUACAAAACAACCAAGUCAGUCUAAGGAAGAAUCUACCCAGUCAGAUCAUGUACAAACUGACCAGGGGAAGUUUUUCAAGUCAAAGUCAUGUUAUAACAGAGAAUCUGUUGUUUCCAAACCCGAACAGAACAAGUCAUCUGGGAAUAUGCAUGUAUGUAGUGACUCUGAUCACGUUAGAGGAUUGCAUCACCACUUUGGUGUUUUAUGCUCAACAGUUUUAGGGGGUCAUAUUCAGUCUUCUGUUCAACCUAACACUGGAUCUCAGCCUGAAAACAUUAUUCAUGGCCCAGACAGGGUUUAUGUGCCAAGUGGAAAUCAGUGUAACGAGGAAACCAUCCAAUCACCACAUCCACAGAUCUCUGAAUUUCUUGCUGGAGAGAGCACAGGUAGCAGUGCUUUCCACUCUGAUGUGCCGCAAGAAGAAAAUGUACCUUGUGCCAGUACACUUACUGGGAGAGCCAAUAGUUUUGAAUAUUUACCAGGUCAUAUGUAUGAGAAGAAGUCCUCUUUAGGAUUAAGAAAACAGGAAAGACCACCAGGUAUUUCUACAUCCACCGAGACAGACUCAGAGCCUGUGCGUCCAUUAAGCCGAGCUGCUCAUCGUAAGAUGAUGGAUUCCAGCAGUCAUGACACUGAAGAUGAGCGUCUGUGGGGUUCCCCACGCGUUGGUUCUAACACCUUAGUUCAAGACUUGGAGAGAGGUGUGAAUUUGUUGAAGGGUGUUAUGGAGAACAAGUCUGCCGGUCGUCGUUGCAAACGAGAACUAGUACGCAGAAUAAUUAAGAAGUUGGUGUCAUCAGAGUAUGUUGAAGACAUGAUUGAAAAAGAAAGAACUCGCCAUCAAACCCACAGUCCAUUUUCUCCCAGGAAAACGAAGUAUCAGGAGAGGCAGGACAGAAACAUCCGUUCUAAGAGGUAUGUUGGUAUAGAGAGGCAAGAUAUUUCUGGUGAAUCAGACGAGCCUAAACGAGCUCAUAAUGUUAGAAGGAAACUCCCAACCUACCAGUCAACACAUCACUCUCAAGGACCACGAACACUCAGCACCUUAGCGAGUGGAAGUAAAUCAUCUAGUCUUUGGAGCUCCAAUGCAGAUAGCACCAGUGGCAGCAUAUCUCUAAGUGGUUCAUCAGAAAAUCAAAAAGAGUCCAAGACAAGUGUGAAAACAAACCCUCUCUAUGAUUAUCAGCAAGAAAAUUCUGCAGACUGGUUAAAGCCUACUACGCAAUCAGAAAAACUUUUUGAGAUGCGAAAGAGUUGUUACAGAAGCAGCAAUCACUUAAACAAAGUUUGGACCCCAAUAUGUGUCAAACCAAUCUUACCGCCAUGCCUGUAACAGGACUAAAGCAAACAAUGCAAAUGGCAGACUGCACAUCACCUGACAUUCCUGAGUCGCACUCACCAAAACUGAAGCCUUCCAGAAUGCGUCAAUGGAUAUCCUUAGAAAGUGACACAAGUGCUGGCUUUGGUUUAUCAAACAAUACUGCUAGCUCUCGUGAUUCCCAUUGGCAAGAUGUUGAGGUAGCCUGUCCUGGAGAGCAUGAUAGUCUUCCACAUAGGACUGUCAGCAUCAGUGAUGGUGAUCAGGGUACUGAUGCUUCAUGCUCACUCUCCAAUAGGAAGUCAGAUGGCUCACAUAAGUCAACCCCACAAGUUGUACAUAAGCCUAGACGGCGCUCUGUGAGCAUAAGUGAUAAUGAUCAACACUUUGGACCACCUUCUGAAUCAGAUAUUGCAGUUCAGAAGAAACGGUCAGACUGUCAUUGUGGUAAACCUGAAGCUCGGGGUGUUAGGCCACCACGCAUUAGUACUUAUGGUCCUCCUCCUCGAAAUCUGUCCUCUGAUAAGUUGUCAAAGCAAGUCUGUGAGAGUUGCACUUCUCACAGUUAUGUGGCAAAAAGGGACACUGUACUUCCUUCAGGAAAUACCCAUGGUGCUAUGUCUAAUCGUGGUGUAAGCUCUCUAGGCGCAACUCGGCCCAAUGUUGUUGGCCAGCAGUCUGAAUAUCAGAGAGAAGCAGCUAAAUGUUCAUGUGGAAGUGCUCAGGUGCAAUCAAAGAGUUGCUGUAGCUCAUCCUCUGGUGCUAUGCCUCUUCAAACCACUGGUGCUGUAAAAAAAGGAACAAGUAGCACAUCACACCAAAUUGUCCCGAAAGUUGUUGCUGAAGUAACUUCAGGCCCAACUCCACCUUUGCCUGGUGGUGGCUUGGUCAGAGUCCAUAUCGAAACUGAGGAGCUAGAUUCUGCUCGAGCAAAGUCAGAUUCCCAACGUAGCUCAGUGCUUAAAGAGAGAGUACACAUAGCAGAAGUUUCUGAAGAUCAAAUUUCAUCUGGAAAUAUUCCAAGUGAUGACAGUAUAACAAAGGCUGUCAGGCAUGCUGUUUCUUCUAAAGUGAAAGCUCUAAAAAAUAUUGGCCAGAUUGAAGAGGCAGAAGUCAAGAUUCGUGUCAAAGUUACUCCAGGUCAAGUGUCAGAUGAUGCUCUUGCCCAUUCUGGAAGAGGAAGAGUUUUAAAGUCUCAAGAUCUAGAAGAUGAAAACAUAUUUCAUCCGUCAAAGCACUCUGAGAUGGAAGAUCUAAUUUCCAAGCAGAUCGCAAUGGAUCUAGAAACUCGCCAAAAGCUUCUGGCCAUUGCAGAGAGUAGACAGCGAGCUCAGAUGGGAUUGCAUGAUGUAGAUCGCAGAAUUCAAGAUCUUCUCCUGCAAGAUUAUCUCAGCCGACAGUUUAAACCUUCAGAGAGUACAAGUGCUCCUCAUGCUCGAUUGAAUGUCCGUGUGGAAGCUCCUGUCAUGCAAGGUAGUUCAGUUGGAGUACAAAGUGAUGUGGAUAAAAAAACAACUGGUACAUCCACCGGUGCAUACUUAGAACAAUCAUUGCCACGAAGAGAUGAUCAAUCAUACACAAUUCCUUCACCGCAGCUUCAACCACUACCAAUACAUGGUCCUUGUAUUUGCGGAGCAAAAUCAGUUGCAUCUGCCAGAGAACAACAAUCUGUAGUAAGCCAAGGACAGCAGACAGAGGCUAUUGCUCGUCCUCAAACUGCCCCAGGAUCCUGCCUCUGCUCUUGUCAGUCACAGUUAGCUAGCUCACCUAGGACAUUCCAUGCCUCUCCACCAUUCUCAUCACCGGAGAGGCAGGUGGAGUUUGAGUUGGAACUGCGGAAAAAAGGACCAUUAAAACCAUAUCAGAUGACUCCCCAUGAAGUUCAUGAAACUCUGAAAAGCCGCAACACUGCGUACUUUCUUCAGUUUGAAGAGGAUCCUUCUCUUGAGGUAGAACAACAGAGAGAAGUCACCUCAAAUGUGAAACCUCAAAUGGAGGUGGUGACAAUGAAAAUACCAAAGCCCAGGCCUGGCACACAACUUCCUGCUUACAGACCAUCCUCAGCACAUGGCAGUAAAAAGACAGCCAAAGUCAAAGGUCCACCAAAGCAAAAUAUAAACCGAGCAGCCCGUUUUGGUGGAAGUACUCAACAAGGAGGCACAUCUCAGUCUGAUUAUGAGCUGAACCUAGCUGGUCAGGGAGUGCUAUUGGAGCAAUUUGGGGCUGCAAACCUGCUGAGAACCACUCCUGGACGAAGCCAUUUAUCCAUAACAAUCACAGACUCGUCUGCAGACAGCAUGCAAUCGCCUGAUGGUGAUUCAAGAUAUUCAUCACUACAGCAUCCAUCAAGGAAACCACACAAGUCUCCUCAGCCAAAGAAAAGAGAGAAACUGAAUGUCAGAGGGGAAAUGGAAGGUGGUGAAGGAAGCCCCACCAAUUUAUCUCAAAAAGAAGGAAGUGGAAGUCCUAGCACAGCUUUGUCGUCUCCAAAACUGAAUCUGCCAAAGCAGAAUAGUGAACUGCCUGCUAAUGACAGUGAUUCUGUAUACAACUAUCUAGGGGACAAUAGCAAUUCUGUACCCACACUACAGGAAUACUUAGAGAAGAAUCAUCCCAAAUAUCUAGAUGCAGCUGAAAAAAGAAGACGUUGUAUAGCUGAAAUGUCAUAUUUGCGUCACUUGCGUCAGCAGAGCCGUCGGCGUUUGCUUGAACUUGAAGGUGACAACAUGUGUGCCAAUCAAAAGCAGCAAUGGAGGUCUCGUUGUGUAUCGCGUCCUAGACCUGUUUUAAAGAAAAGACCUGUCAUGAGGAUGACGAAGUCAGCAUGUGCAAGGAGAUAUAUGUUUCUACCCGAGAAUCAGCAGCGUUUACUGGAAAUCAAGAAAAAAGAAGAAAGGAGGACUAAUCGUCUAAUGGCAGAAUUAUAUACAAGAAAACUCCAGGAAAAGGUUCUGAAGGGUACUGCAACAAUACGUAGUAGUGUCAGUGUUCUUUCUGGCCUUUAAAUUGGGUUCCAACAAUUUUUUCUCAAGCCGGAACCCAAUUUGAUCUAAUCUUUCUGUGUCACCGUAAAAUAUUUGAUCAACAAUUAUUUUUUAUGAGAUUUCACAAAUUUUAUGUACAUAAUUAUUUUUAUAGGGCUUUGCAACCUGUGUCUUUGCAGAUACUAUUUGUCUUCCGGUGUUGUUCUGUUUCCUUUUUCUCAUAAACAGAUACCUUUAAGUAUUUUCUAAGCCCUAUGAAUGUAAUAUUAUAUUAUGGGCAGUAUCUAUGAAAAAAAAGGGCCUAUUCCUCAUGUUGGCAGUUUGGCCGUUGCCAAUGUAUCAUAAGUGUAUGUAUUAGAGUAUUCUUUAAUGAAUAUGAAGCAUUGUGUGUUUGUUUAUUAUUAUUGGAAAAUAUUUUAUGUAGAUGAGUGUUUUGAAAGUUAGAGUAGUCAAGCUUUAUUUUUGUUCUCUUUAUUGAAAGAAUUGUGUCCAGACUAGUAAAUUUGAACUGAUUUUGUAUUCUCUUGUACUAGUCUGUGCACAAUCAAUUUUAUAGAUAAAGUAUAUUUUUAUUGCUCAACUUUACCUGAAUGUGUGCAAAGUAAUUGUUUUUAUUGAAGUGCUAUUUCCUUAUAAAUUCUGUACUGGAGGUGUGUGAGAGACAAUUCUCAGAAUUGUGUUAAUUUGUCUACAGCACCUUUUUCUGCUUGAUUAUACAAUUGAAGUUGCUUCCUCUCGCACAUUAAUUAGUUUGAUUGAAGCGCAUUGCUCUCUCUGUUCUAAUUUUAGUGGUGGAGAGAGAUGACAACAGAUGAUCUGAUCUUUCCAAUUACAUAUUAUCUCCCAGAGCUUUUCAGUUCUAAGAUGCCUUUCUGUACCUGAUGUGUAGUCCAUUUUGUUUUUCCUAUUUUGAAUGUCAGGAUCUGUUAGGUUACAUAUUUUAAGAAUUGUGUUUGUGUGAACCGUGUGAACCGAUUGUAAUAGACGAGAUUGACACCA